AUGCUGAGGCUGCUGCUGCUGCAGGUCUGGGCGAGCUGCCUCUGGAUGGGACACAGCGAGGUAGUUAAUUCCUUUGCAAGUUGUCCUCAGUUCUUCUACGGUAACACCCCCCCAGAUGCAGCAAUCAAGCCAAAGAACCAAUAUGCCUGGAUCUGCCAGACCUUAAACAACGAGACUUUCUUUGCCACCUUGUACGACAAAGACAGGCGUAUUCCCAUGUACUCUGCUUACAAAUACGAGCCUGCAAAUCUCAAAAAACACACAUGGACAGUUGAGCCCCAGCUGAUACAUUCAAAUUUGUCCAAAAACAUGCAAACAGUGCAGACCCUUGAACGUCAAUACAACAUCACCAAAGCGCAAAUCAUGCAAAGCCAGGCUGUCUACACAGACUAUAACAACAGCAGUUUGGACCGUGGCCAUUUGAACCCCAAUGGCCACCACAACACCUCAGACAGCAGGAAUGCGACCUUCACCCUCACCAACAUAGUGCCCAUGAACAAAACACUCAACCGAAAAGCCUGGAGAAACUACGAGCAGCAAACGAUGGCCAGUAAAAGCAAAGACUGUCAAACCACCUACGUCAUUGUGGGUGCUGUGCCUGGGAACUCCUCCGUCCCCAAUGGGAGGGUUAAUGUACCCAGCCACAUCUGGUCUGGUGCCUGCUGCAAGACCAGGAACAACACCAUGAGUGCUUGGGCAGCCAUUGCCGAGAACGACCAGGUCAAGAACUGCACUCUGGGGGAGCUGGAGAAAGAGUUGGCCCAGCUGUAUGGAGCACAAAAUGUUUCUCUCUUCCACAGCGACUGUCCCCGUACAUAA